AUGGGCGCUGGAACGUUUAACACGAUUGAUAAUGACAAGUUCAUUUUCAAUGAACCCGGUGUCUUCAAUGUGCUCUACAUACCUCAGACGCUCAAGACACCAGAAGUGAAGAUUCAGUUGAGGCUAGAGCGUUAUCCAGAUCGACGAGUGGAUUUCAGUCUUCUCGGACGCGGAAUGGCUCAACAGGAUCUUGUUCAGCCGACGAAUGUGACAGUCAUCACCGGUGUCGCAUUGGAGGCAACUGGUACCGAUAGAGUACAUGUGGUCACUCGGAAGGACACCAGAAGGUUCCGCUAUAGAACCAGCAUAAUCGUCGGGAAUAUUAUGCGUUAUUUCGAUACGAUGAGGCUUCAGCGUUUCAAAGGUGUGCUAGUCUACGUGAACAACGUGGAACGAGGUCAGCCAGAAAUCUAUAUCGUUCUCGAGGAAGCCCAGAUUGGAGUUCGUAUUAGAGAAUCAUAUGCAAUCGACGUUGAUCGUUACUCGAAUUAUCAGGAGAGUAUGGGAAUGCUCAACGUGGCGCUGAGUGUACCACCGCAGUAUGGAGUGGUGAGAAUUAUUUUUUCCCCUUACAGAUAA